AUGCGUGCCUCCGUUGUCGACGCGGCCGUGUUGGCCAAGAUCAUCAAGCCGUUUUCAGACACGAUGGCGUCGACGCUCCAAGGCGUGCAGUCAGCUUUCUUGUCGCACGUGCCGGUAACGCGGAGGCCAAGCUCGGUCUCCAGUCGUGUGCGCCAUGCGACGUCUGUCGAUGGUCUUGUCAUGUAUGGAGACGGCGCUAAAGACGGCGAUGCCCUCGCGCGCGCUGUCAUGCGCUUUGUCUCUCGUUUGGCGUUGACGACAUGCACCACAGCGUCCGCGCACUCUGCGCUCGUUGACCUCGGAGGAGUUCUCUGGGUGCGCCUUCAUCCGGCUGGCAACAAUUUCUCCAAGUACUUUGGCAAGGCGCUCCCGAUGAUUGUCGCUGGUAUCUCGGACGAGUCGGACAUCCCGCCGAUGGCAAUGGCGUUGAAGCCGACGCUCAAGAUCCUCGACAAGCUGUACUGCGACGCCGUCCUCGCGUCGCCGCGUCACCUUCAACACCCCACGACGCUGCGCUCGAUCCUCAAGCCGCUCAUGCUCAUCACACAAGAGUUCUUGGGCAAGCACGUCGAGAAGGAGACCGUCGCACACUUGGCGAAAUCGAUGGCGAAUGCGGCCAUGUUUUCGGGCGUCUGCCUCUGUCUUGCCGAGGUCAUUCCGUCCUUGCUCAAGACGCAGCUCAAUCCAGAAAGUGUGCUCAAGGUCAAGUCGCGUAGGUGCUUCCGUGCUGCGCUUUCGCUCGACACCUAUAUCUUUGUCCAACGCCCAAGCCAUUACGCGCAUGCCUCGGGCAAGGGCCUUGAAGCGUUUCUGCGUACUAGCACGCUCAAGUGA